CCGUUCAGUCGUAGCUUCAUUCGUCAGUCCAGUCGGUUGUGUUUUCAGUAUUGCUCCUCGGGUUCUCUCCGGCCAAACAGAAAAAUAGUACAAGUCCCGUGCUUAAACUGGUGUUAGUGCGAGAAUCAGCAAGACUAGCUUUCUCUGCUGUUUCCAAAGAAAAAGACACAUCUCUCGUUUUUUGACAAACCCAGUGUAAACAACCAAACAAAGCACAAUGGCCGAGAAACCAAAGCGUCCUCUGUCCGCCUACAUGCUGUGGCUGAACUCUGCCCGCGAACAGAUCAAGAAGGAAAAUCCCGGCAUCAAGGUGACGGAAAUCGCCAAGAAGGGUGGUGAACUGUGGAGGGGAAUGAAGGACAAGACCGAAUGGGAGAACAAGGCCGCCAAGCAGAAGGACGAGUACAACAAACUUGUUCAGGAAUUUGAGCGAAACGGUGGCAGCAAGGAUGCCGGAAGCAAGAAGAAGAGCAAGGGUGCCAAGAAGGUCGCACCCAAAAAGAGCAAAAAGAAGGACUCCGACGAUGAUGACGAUGAGUCCGGUGAGGAGAGCGACUGAACUAAUCACCGUAAAGUAAAGAAAAAGAAAAUAACAACUGGGCAAAACAUAAAAAGUAAAAAAAAACAAAAAAAAAAGAUUAUUUUUAAUUUAUUGUAUAAAUGUUCGGGGCCUUACUUCUCAAGAACACAACAGCAACACGGCGCAGCAGGAUCGAACUAAAACACACAGAGCCAGCAGACGCAAAAUUCUCUCUCAUCAGGAAAAUAGUCUAGACAAGCAGCAUCAAUUCAGAUACAAAAUAGAUGAACAAACGGUUGUCCGUCGUGUCAGGUAUUCGAGAAAGGUACUUUUUCUCGAAAAGAUGACGACUUCUCUCGUCUGACUCAAAAAUAGCUAAAUUUGAUAAAAACAAAAAUAGGCAGCAACUCCCGACGUUUGUUUUCUCUCGUAAUACAUUUCAAGAUACAUACAUACAUCCCCCCUUUAUUUUUUUAAGGAAGGCCAUGUAAUAUUAACGCAGGAGAAAUAAGAAAAUUUUAAAACUCGGAAAAAAAUAAUAAAAAAUAACAUACUUUUUAAGUUAAUUAAAUGUGUAUGAAGCAAAAAAACUACAAAAAAAUGUAAUCUUAGCUGAAGAAAAAAAAUUAAGACAUAAGUGUACUCAGCGAAAUACACAAAACAAAAGCGUUAAAUUUUGCUUAGGAAAAUGGGAUGUUAUUCGCAGUGACCAGUAAACAAGCAUCUUACAAACAAAUAAACGCUAAACAGUCUGUUUGAAAAAUAAAACAAACAUUUUCUCAUUUUCGUUUUCUCUCUCGAUUCGAGUGCAGAAAGAGGUAUUGAAUUCACACUGAAACGCGUGUUUGUAGAGCAACUUUGACGAUGUAUGUAAUAUGAAUUUUUCUCUCGAUUUGUGUAGUAGCAAGUGGUUUUUUUUUCUCAGGAUGUUUUGAAUACCUACUAUUACCCCCUUUGUGUACCGCGCUCUCUAUCUAGGCUAUCGACACACAUGGAUAUGAACAGCGUGGAAAACACUGUGGAGUUAGUUGAAAUAAAAACUAAGAUUGUAAAAAUUAAA